UUUUGAAUCCCGUGUAGCUUUUGUGAGGUGUGUGACAGCUGGUUUCCGUCGGUGUCACCUAUUCUGACGGCAGGCCCCUCCGAGAGGACCUCUGCACGCGUCCGGUGCAGGACAUGGAGCCCGUAACCUUUGAGGAUGUGGCUGUGAACUUCACUUCAGGCGAAUGGACUUUAUUGGAUUCUAGUCAAAGGAAGCUCUACAGAGAUGUGAUGAAGGAAAACUUUAUGAACCUGAUCUCCAUAGAGAAAACACAUGAAGAAAAUGUUGAAGAGGACUACCAGAGUCUCAGGAGAAAUCUGGGAACUCAGGUGGUUGAGAAAGAUGGUGAAUAUGAACAUGAUAGUCUGUGUGAAAAAAACCAGCAACAGAUUCCAGAGCCUAUUGUUAGUGAGGCCAUGCCUCCUUCUAUAACAUUAUAUGAAAACAGUAGCAGUUUGUGUAUAAGAAACGUCAUUGGUAAUUUGCCCUCAAAUGUGCACUUCAGUGAUCAAACUGAAGAUAAACUAUUUGAGUGUAAGGAGCCUGUGGAGAAGGCUUUUAAACAUGAAAAAUGUUGGGAAGAUAUGGGUCAAUCUGAGUCAUUUCAGGUACAUGAAUGUUCUAAAGAAAAAUCCUCUGAAAGUCAGCAAUGUAAUACGGCUUGUGGGAGUCUCCGUUGUGAUCAGCAUCAGGAGAGGACUGACACUGGAAACAAGCAUGAUGAGAAUGCUGUUACAAACUACACACAUGGCCAGAUAGACGAAAGUAUCCAUACUGAAGUAAAACCAUUUGUAUGUAAGCAAUGUGGAGAAGCGUUUGUCAAUUCCAGUCACCUUAUCAGCCAUGAACGAAUUCAUAUUGUAGAGAAGUGUUAUAUUUGCAAACAAUGUGGAAAAACAUUUAGAUAUUUGUCAUGCUUUCAAAAACAUGAAAGAAUUCACAGUGGAGAGAGACCUUAUGCGUGUGAGCAGUGUGGAAAAGGAUUUAUCCAGUUGAAAUACCUUCUCAUGCACCAAAGAAGUCACACUGGAGAAAAUUCUUAUGAAUGCAAACAUUGUGAAAAAGUCUUCACUAUUUCCAGUACUGAUGAUGUACCUGAAAGAAUUCACUGUGGAGAGAAACCGUAUUCAUGUAAGCAUUGUGGAAAAACUUUCACUAGUUCCAAUGACUAUAAUAGUUGUGAAAGUAUCCACACUGGAGAGAAUCCCUUUGUAUGUAAAAAAUGUGGGAAAGCCUUCAAACGUUUGGGUCAUUUUAUGAAUCAUGAAAGAAUUCACACUGGAGAGAAGCCUUAUGCAUGUAAGCAUUGUGGGAAAGCCUUCACCAGUUCCAGUGACCGUAAUAGCCAUGAAAGAAUACACACUGGUGAGAAACCCUUCAUUUGUAAAACAUGUGGGAAAGCGUUCAGUCGUUCUGAUUAUCUUAUCAAUCAUAGAAGGAUACACACUGGAGAGAAGCCUUAUGCAUGUAAGUAUUGUGGAAAAGCCUUUGCCACUUCCAGUGACAGAAACAGCCAUGAAAGAAUUCACACUGGUGAGAGAUCCUUUCUAUGUAAAAAAUGUGGAAAAGUGUUCAUUCUUUCUGGUGACCUAAUCAAGCAUGAAAGGAUUCACACUGGAGAGAAGCCUUAUGCAUGCAAACAUUGUGGAAAAGCUUUCACUACUUCGAGUGCUCGUAACAGUCACGAAAGAAUUCACACUGGAGAGAAGCCUUAUACAUGUAAGCAUUGCACAAAAACUUUUACCACUUCCAGUACCCGUAACAGUCAUGAGAAAACUCACACUGCAGAGAAGCAUUUUGCAUGUGACCUUUGUAGGAAAACCUUCAACAGUCAGAGUUCCUAUUACACUCAUAAAAAAAUUCAUUCUAUGCAAGAGAAACUUUAUGUAUGUAAACACUGUGGAAAAGAAUUCACUUACUGUGGUAAUUUCCUCAAGCAUGAAAGAAUUCACACUAUGGAAACCUUGUCCAUGUGAGCAAUCUGUGAUUGUGUUCCACAAACCCACAUACAGGUUCAUAGUGAGGAACUUGUUCAACUAUAAGUGGUGUGACGCUCUAGCUUGCCAACUUAUGAGUUUAGAUGACCUUGAGACGGCUCAGUUAGUAAAGGAUCUUUUGGGUAGCCUGAUGAUCUCAGUUUUAACUGUGGAAGUCAGAUGGUAGAAAUAGAGAACCAUUUCACAAAAGUUAACUUCUGAAGUCCACAUUCACACCAUUGAAUGCAUGUGUGUGCAUACACAAAUGAAGUAAAUAAAUAUACUGCUAAAGUAAGAAAAAAAUAAAAAGAAAACUUUGAUGUGGAAAGAAGCAGAUAUGACCAGAAAUAGUGUAAUUUUAGCCCUAGUAUACAAACGUAUUCAGGAUAAAGUCUUGCUCUGAUACAUAUUUUAAUGCCUGCUUAUUACAGCUAGGAUAGGAGGCUAGAAAAAUAAAGUAUCCAAUACAGGACAUUUGACUACCACUUGGAAAUUUUAAGGUGAACCUGUUCCAACCAAUUGAAAAUUUUAAUGAAAAAAUUAAGAAAACUAUGAUUUUCAGUUGAAAUAAAGCUUAUAAAACAUUUUCAUGUAGUUAAAUCUUAUAUAGAGAAUUUAUGUUUGUGUAGAAUAUUUUACAAAUAAUCCGAAGAAGUAUAAUAAAAAUUUUUAACAUUUUGAUCUUUGGUCCAUUCCUAUACAAAACUUACAUUUUUGCCUUUUUGUUUUUAAUCUUGGAGUUAAGUUAAUAAUAUUGGCAUAAUUUUCUGGUCUGCCAUUCCCAUGACUGGGAAGACAGAUUUCUAAGAAGUUGUGUCCAGCAAUAGCUAGCCUUUGAAGACACUGUUUGAAGCGAGGAGAGAUGGCUCAGUGAUUAACGGCAUUUGGAAUGCACCAUGUGUAUUGGGUGGCUUUCAACUAACUUUAAUUCCAGAGUUUCCAAACACCUUCUGGUCCUCUCCAUGUACCUGUACAAUUAUGUGCAUACACAAAUAAAAAAUAUGAAAAGAAAAAGAGGAGAAAUUGGUGCCUCAGAGAGAUGGCUUUGUAGCUAAGAGCACUGACUUCUCUUUCAGGUUUUUCUGUAUCUAGUUGAAGCAGAAAAAUUUUUGCUUCCUAUUGUAAUAUUUUCUGUGUCCCUUACAUAGCAAAUUAUUUUUUCAACAUACCUAUUAGUUCAUUGGUAAUUAUGUAAAAAAAUUUCUAAAUGACUUUUUCUUUUGGUCUUUAAGAGAGAGUUUUUCUGUAUAGCCCUAGUUUUCCUGGAACUCUGUAGACCAGGUUGAAUUCCACAGAAAACCACAUGACUCUGCUUCCCAAGUGCUGGGAUUAAAGGUGUGUGCCAUCACUGUCCAGCCCUGAGUGACAUUUUUAUAGAUUAUUAUUUUUUAAUUUAUUAUAUUAUUUGUGUGUGUGUGACUGUGUUUGUGUAUGAUUAUAUGUACAUGCAUUUAAGUGGGGUCUGAAGAGGGCGUAGGACCUCCUGGAACUUGACUCAGCUUCAGUUUUAGCACCAGAAAGUGCUAGGAAUCAAACUCUAGUCCCCCUUAAAUACAGCAAGUGCCCUUAAUCUUUGUGCUCUCUCUCUCCAGCCUCUAUAGUAACAUAGAUUCUAUGUGUUUUAUUAAUGUUUCUCUGUACUUGAAUGAUUAUAUUUUUAA